AUGAAGAGAAUAAAUGAAAAAGGAAUUGGUGAUAUCAUUAAUGUCAGCGAUGUAAUGAUGAAAAGAAAUUUUGACUCAUUAUUUACAAAACCGAAAACAGAAUAUAGUCUUUAUGACGUAAUUACCGAAUUAAUGAAAAAGAUUAAUGAUAAUAAGAGUUCUGGCGGAAGAGUUGAAUUAGAAGUGAAUGAUGUUAAUGAGAAAUUAGCCGAAAAAGCAGACAAAAAUGAGCUUUUAGCUCUGAGUGAUAAAGUCAAGAACCACGUUCAUUAUAUAACUUCAGACGAACAGAUUAUAACGGACUACCAUGGAUAUUUAACACGAAGUGAUGAAGCGAAGACAAAAAAUGUUAAUGAAAGAAGAUAUAAAUACAUUCGUGCUAAAGGUUAUGACAUAAGCUGUACUGUACAGUAUGAUGUAGCUAAAGCACCAGAAGCAUUUGGUUAUACCGGUGAAAUUUAUGCCUCUACUUUCAAUGUUAACGGUGUAUUAGUUGAACCAAGAUUUACUUUGAGAGUUAAGUCAAAAAUAACGUUUGAAGAUGCUAUUAAAAGUAAAGCUGACAAAGUUGAACUCGAAGCAAUGAACAAAGUUUUGAAAUCUCAUAAACACAACAUCUCCGAUAUAAAUGAACUUCAAGCUACAUUAGACAGUAAAGCCGACAAGAACCAUACAAACGAAUCCUUCACUACUGUUAGAGCAGACGAUGUAAUAUUGAACUAUAACCUUGGUUCAAGUGCACCUUUAGAGAAUCCGAGUACAAGCGUAAAAGAUACACUAAACAAUUUAGAUAACAGUUGCAGGAAUAUCGAAGAUCAUGCCAGAAACUUUGAAGCAUAUGAACUACCAGCAAUGUUAGAUAAGAAAGCUGACAAAACUUAUGUAGAUGAAAAUUAUGCAAAGAAGUCGGAAGUAAAUGCUGCGGUUAAUGGAAAAGCUGAUAAAGAGCACGUGCAUGAAGAAUUUCAAACAAUCAGGAUUAAAGAAAUUAAGGCAUGCAUCGAAAUAGUAACAAAAACAGGAAGAAACGGUGCAACU